GUCAGAAGGGCGCGCGCGACUCAGGGCGGCGCAGUAGGAGGUGCACCAUGCCGGGUAUGGUGCUGUUCGGCCGGCGCUGGUCCCUGGCCAGCGACGACCUGGUGUUCCCCGGGACUUUCGAGCUGUUCCUGCGUGUGCUGUCAUGGAUCGCCAGUCUGACGUUGUAUCUCGUGCAUAGGAGGAAGCUGGACUGUCCUGGUGGAGCCUUGCUCAGCACCUACUUGAUUGUUCUGCUUGUUCUCCUGGCAGUUAUCAUAUGCACCGUGUUGGCCAUGGUGUGUGUCAGCAUGAGAGGAACCAUUUGUAACCCUGGACCUCGGAAGUCUAUGGCUAAGCUGCUUUAUGUCCGCCUGGCGCUCUUCCUGCCAGAAAUGGUCUGGGCUUCUCUGGGGGCCUUCUGGGUGGCAAAAGGUAUCCAAUGUGACAAGACAGUUGUGAUUGGCAUCAUCACCACCGUCAUUGUCAGUUGGAUUGUCAUGGCAACCACCAUGGUCACCAUCUUCUUUGUCUUUGAUCCGCUGGGCGGCAUGACGUCUCCACAUCCUCUGGGCUGCCCCGAGCACCUGGACAGUAACAACUCAAACCAGCUGUUGACUGGCCUGAAGACAGCGGCCAAAAGCGUGUGGGAGACCAGAGUGAUGUUCUGUUGCUGCUGCGUGGUGCAGGACGACAACGCGAGGGUUGCUUUUUCCAGCACGGCCGACCUUUUCUCCACCUACUUUUCUGACACAGACCUGGUGCCCAGUGAUAUUGCAGCAGGCUUCACCCUUCUCCACCAGCAACAGGACAAUAUCAGCAGCAGCCUGGAGCCUCAGGAGGUCGUCACCCACUUUCCAGGGCAGUCUCAGGAAGCCGACUUGGAUGCCGAAGUGGAGAACUGCCAUCACUUCAUGCCUUUUGCAGCUGCCGCCUACGGAUGGCCUCUCUACAUCUACAGAAACCCGUUCACCGGGCUCUGCAGGAUUGGUGGUGACUGUUGCAGAAGCAGAGAGACGGAGUAUGACGCAGUUGAAGGGGACCAGCACAACUGCCACUUUGCCUCCAUCCUGAAGACGACCGGGCUGCAGUACAGGGACUUCAUUCACAUCAGCUUUCACGACAAGGUCUAUGAGCUGCCCUUCAUAGUAGUUCUGGAUCACAGAAAAGAGGCCGUGGUGGUUGCUGUGAGAGGAACCAUGUCUCUCCAGGAUGUCCUGACUGACUUGUCUGCAGAGAGUGAGAACAUCGAGCUGGAGGCAGAGCUGCAGGACUGUGUGGCCCACAAGGGAAUUGCUCAAGCAGCCAGGUACAUUUACCGCAGACUGGUCAACGAUGGGAUUCUGAGCCAAGCCUUCAGUGUUGCUCCGGAGUACCGGCUCGUUCUGGUGGGGCACAGCCUAGGAGCCGGAGCUGCGGCCCUGUUAGCCAUCAUGCUCCGGAAGGCCUACCCACAAGUCCGUGCAUAUGCCUUCUCGCCACCCAGGGGGCUCCUGAGCAAAUCCCUUUACGAACACUCCAAGGACUUCAUUGUGUCACUUAUCCUAGGAAUGGAUGUCAUUCCCAGGUUAAGCGUGACCAACAUGGAGGACCUGAAGAGAAGGAUCCUGCGAGUGAUCGCUAACUGCAACAAGCCGAAGUACAAGAUCUUGUUGCGCGGCUGUUGGUACGGACUGUUUGGAGGAGACCCUGAUAACUCUCCAACUGAGCUGGAUGAGGCCAACCAGAGGGCCCUGACUCAGCCUCUUCUUGGGGAGCAGAGCCUGCUGACUCGAUGCUCCCCAGGCUACAGCUCCAGCGACUCCCCACUGGAUUCUCCCACCAAGUACCCACCUCUGUACCCACCUGGCAGGAUCAUCCACCUUGAAGAAGAGAGUGGUUCAGGGAGGUUUGGCUGCUGUUCUGCUGCCCGGUACAGGGCAAGGUGGGCACAUGAAGCAGAAUUUGGCAAGAUCCUGAUAGGCCCAAAGAUGCUGACUGACCACCUGCCUAAUAUCGUCAAUCAGGCGCUGGACAGAGUAGUCGCGGACAGAACAGCCUGUGUCUCCUGCCCGGGACAAGGUGGCCCUCCUGCAGCUGUGGCCUAACCCCGCUUGUGGACACUGCCCAGCACAAUGGGCUUGCGCUCCCCCUCCUUUAGACUAACUGAAUGUGAGUGGCUUCUGUGAGGCUGGUGUGGUGGUUCCCAUCAACAGUAAGCUGGUGGGUCCCUGUAGAAUGGGCAACAGUAUGACCAUACAAUUCAGAGAAACUUUUUCUUAAGACAGGGUUUCUAUGGAGCCCUGGCUGUUCUGGAAUUCCAUCUGGAAGACCAGGCCAGCCUCAAACUCAGAGAUUCAACUGCCUGGGAUUAAAGGCAUGUGCCGCCACCUCCAACCUAUAAAACUAUUUUUAACCACAGUAUUACUAGGAUCAGGAGUCGGGAACACGCAGAGGUGUUAGGACUUCUGGGACAGCUUGUGGAGCAAGCCUCCUUUAGCCACCUGAGAACUCCACAUAUGAAGACCCUUGGUGAAUCUCUAGCACUUCAACCCCUGCCAGGAACCCAUCCCGCUGUUUACAAGAGUCUGACUCUAAGACGACAGGUGUGCACUUUAUCUUCUUCGCUGGUGUUGGUGCGGCACUAAGGGCAGCCGGAGCGUCCUCUGAGUCCACUGUGGCUCCAUUUGUACAACAUGAAGUGAUUGCUUAACUUUCACGUAUGCUUAAUUCUCACAGUAUUCUAGCUCUGGAGCCAGGUGUUGGGCUCAGGGAGGAUUUUUUAAAAUAAAGUAAUUGAUACACCAUCAGUGAGUGCACAGGAAGGUCUGUGUUACUGGGGGACAGGAAUUCCCUACAUUAGCCUCUUGGAGCUGACAUGGACCACUGUACCUAGGUAGCAAUGAGAGUUUUGCCUUUUUAUGGAAAAUCAAGUUGUUUGUAAUUCUGGCUACUGAGACCUGCACAUAUUCCAAAUACAAGGAGUCCACCAAGUCCAGAAAACAAAAGAUGCCAAGUGUGUUGGUGACUUGAGCUGUUUUCCCAGCACUUAGAUGGGGGGCAGGAGAACCAGGAACUGGAGGUCACACUUAGCUACUUAACAAUAUGCUAACUCGAGAUGCUGACUCCAAACAAAACCCCAAAAGGGGGCUAGAAAGACUAAAGGGAAAACUUAUUAAAUAUAUUAAUAUAAAUACAGCUGCCAAGUACAGUGGCACACACCUUUAAUCCUAAUACUCUGAGCAGAGAGGCAGGUCAUUUUCUGUGAGCUCAAGGUCUGCAUAGUUCUAGGCCAAAAAACCAUAGUGAAACCCUGUCUCAAGAGUACACACCCUAGUUACAGCGAAAAAAAAUUGAGGAAAGAAAUAUCUUUGGUCAGAAAUCUUAAGGGGCUGGUCAUAGUGGCACACACCUUUAAUCUCAGCAGUUGGGAGGCACAUCCAACAGGCAGGCAGUACCUGUGAGACCACCCUGGUCAACAGAGUGAGUUCCAGUACAACCAGAGCUAUAUGAGACCCCCAUCCUAAAGAACAACAGAAAUAACCCAAAACCGAAACCCCAAGGAAAUUCCAGUAAUUUAGACCCAGAGAGUAUCCCCCAGCAGAAUGGCUUCUGUUGAGAUAAAGGCCCUCAGAGACAAAAUGAGAGAAAUUAGACUGGAGUUGUGCACGAUACAAAGAUUUGGUGGCCAGAUGAUCCGGAGACGUGGCAAAAUGCAAACUGAUCAAAAUAAAGUAUCUUAAGAUUCAACAGAAGGGCCAGAGAUGACCUGGUCAGUAGUCUCACUUGAGGACUUAAGUUCAAACCGCUGGAGAGGGAGACAGGAAGGCCCCUAGGGCAUCCGACAGGUGAACCCCAGCAGGUUCAGUGACAGAGCCUGUCUUCAGAAAAAUGGAGCAUCACCUGGGGCUGGUCUCUACAGACGUGUGCACGCACACUUUAAAUUUCAGAUUUCAAUAUGCCAGGAAGUUUAGUCAAACUCUUCACAAAUAAGAAGAUUUAAGCAUUAUCUUUAGGAAACCGAAGUGUGGGUGAGGCCAAGUUCUGUUAUCACUGGAUACAGCCUCAAGUGUAUGUACGUAUAAAAUUAUGUCUGCUGGACACUCAAUGUUUGGAGAGAAUUAAGAUGAUGGUGUUGGGGCCACUGGGGAGACCUCGUUCCUCACAUCCUUAUUGGAUCAA